AUGGUCAGUUUUAGUAAUGAGGCUGAUCACCUCAGCUCUGCUUGGGUUAGGAGGCCAAGACAUGAGUGUGAAGAGCAGCAGCUCCUGGUCUGUCCUGCUGCAGCCAUCGUGAGAAGAAGGGUCACCUUUGGCAGGCAGCAAAGCAAAUCAGCUGUGAGACUGAAAGAAGACAUGAAAAAGAUAGCUGCACUUCCACUGAGCAAGCAGAAGGAUGUAACUUGUCCAAAGGUUUUUGGUGUGAGUCUUCUGGAACUCCAGCAGCAGGGUCUGAGCAAGAAUGGCAUUCCAAUAGUUGUGUGGAAUAUAGUCGAGUACCUGUCCCAGCAUGGUAUGAGCCAGGAAGGCCUAUUCAGGGUAAAUGGCAGCAUGAAAAUGGUGGAACAGUUGCGCCUGCAAUAUGAGCGUGGAGAAGAGGUGGAACUUGUUAAAGAUGGCGAUGUAUACUCAGCAGCCAGUCUACUGAAAUUAUUUUUGAGAGAGUUGCCAGAUGGGAUUAUCACCUCUGCUUUACAUCCCAGGUUCAUUCAGCUUUACCAGGAUACUAGGAAUGACAUGCAGAAGGAAAGUAAAUUGAAAGAACUCCUUAAAGAAUUGCCUGAUGCUAAUUAUUGCCUGCUGAAGUAUCUCUGCCGGUUCCUGACAAAAGUUGCUGAACAUCACAUAGAGAACAAGAUGAAUCUUUGCAACCUUGCCACUGUUUUUGGACCAAACUGCUUUCAUGUGCCUUCCGGUUUUGAAGGGAUAAAGGAACAAGAGAUCUGCAACAAGAUAAUGACUAAAAUGCUUGAAAACUACAGUACCUUGUUUGAAUUAGAGAGUUUUAAAAAGGAUGAAGAAAAGCCUGCAUGCGAAGAGCUAACAAGAAUUAUUUUGAUCAAAGAACCCACUUGGGAGAAGUCCCUGUCAGUCAGUAUGAAAACAUCUAUAGAAAAGGAAUCAUCAAAGUCAGCACCAAGAAAUAAGAUGACCAAGUCCCCAAGGAAAGGAUCUAUCCAGACAUGCCCAGUGCCACAACCAGAUCUGUCCGAUGGAAUGCCUCAGUUCAGCCUACGAUUAGGAGGCAGUAGCUCAUGUUUGGAGGAGAUGGAGAUAACAGAUGAAAUCUCCUUCAUUAACAGUGCUGCGUUUUUCUCCAGAACAUGA